GCCAGCAGCAGAUUCUGAAAGUGAUAUCAUUUUUGAUCAUGAAGAAGGCAAUAGUAGAAAUCAGAUGAUGGAUGAAGACUACAAGGAAAAAGAUAGUUCUAGUGAAGAAAACAAAACAUCAGUGAUUCAGACUGUGCACCAUCUUUAUAUUCAGAUGGAAUAUUGUGAAAAGAGCACAUUACGAGAUACCAUUGAUCAAGGUUUAUACCAAGAUACCAAUCGUCUUUGGAGACUUUUCCGGGAAAUAUUGGAUGGUUUAGCUUAUAUCCAUGAAAAGGGAAUGAUUCACCGAGAUCUGAAACCUGUCAACAUUUUUUUAGAUUCAGAAGAUCAUGUGAAAAUUGGUGACUUUGGUUUGGCAACAGAUCACCCAGCUAAUACAGUAGACUCUAAACCUGGAGAAGUUUCCAACCAAAAUGUGGUUGCAAAUGAUCCAUUGGGAAACUUAACAGGAAUGGUUGGCACUGCUCUUUAUGUGAGUCCAGAAGUCCAAGGAAGUACUAAAUCUACAUACAAUCAGAAAGUGGACCUCUUCAGCUUGGGUAUAAUAUUCUUUGAGAUGUCCUAUCAUCCAAUGACUACUGCAUCGGAAAGAAUCUUUGUUCUCAGUCAGUUAAGGCUUCCAUUUAUUGAAUUUCCAGAAGACUUUGAUGAAGUAAAAAAUGCAAAACAGAAACUGGUGAUUGCUUGGCUAUUGAACCACGAUCCUUCAAAACGGCCAACUGCUAUGGAGCUCUUAAAAAGUGAACAUCUUCCACCUCCUCAGUUGGAAGAGUCUGAACUUCAUGAAGUCCUUCAUCAUACUUUAGCAAAUGUGGACGGAAAAUCAUACCGGACCAUGAUGGACCAAAUAUUCUCCCAGCGCAUUUCUCCAGGAAUAGAUUAUACCUAUGACAGUGAUAUCCUCAAGGGCAGCUUUACAGUUUGGUCAACCAAGAUUCAACAACAUGUGUGUGAGACAAUUAGCCGAAUUUUUAAAAGACAUGGAGCUGUCAAGAUGCAUACUCCCCUGCUGAUGCCUAGGAAUAGAAAACUGUAUGAGCACAAUGAAGCUUCAUAUUUGAUGGACCACAGUGGAAUGCUGGUGAUGCUUCCUUAUGAUCUCAGAAUUCCAUUUGCUAGAUUUGUAGCUAGAAAUAAUAUAACAAACUUGAAAAGAUACUGCAUUGAGCGAGUUUUCAGGCCUCGGAAACUAGAUCGUUGUCAUCCAAGAGAACUCUUAGAAUGUGCAUUUGAUAUCAUCACACCUACUGGAAAUAGUUUUUUACCUAUUGCAGAAACCAUCUACACAAUCUGUGAAAUAAUCCAGGAAUUUCCUGUGCUGCAAGAAAGAAAUUAUAGUAUCUACUUAAAUCAUACUGCCUUGCUGAAAGCAAUCCUUCUGCAUUGUGGGAUCACUGAAGAUAAGCUCAAUCAAGUUUACACAAUCCUGUACGAUGCUGUGACUGAAAAGCUAACUAAAAGAGAAGUGGAGGCCAAGUUCUGCAAUCUUUCCCUUUCAGCAAACAAUCUUGUUCGACUUUACAGAUUUAUUGAGCAAAAAGGGGAGCUGCAAGAUCUAACCCCGUUGUUGAAUACUAUGGUGAAGCAAAAGACAGGAGUUGCCUCGUUAGUGAAACUUGGCAUGAAAGACCUGGAGGAAACAGUGGAUCUGUUAAAAAAACUUGGCAUAAAAUUCCAGAUAUCCAUAAAUUUGGGCUUGGUUUAUAAAAUACAGCAGCACAAUGGAAUUAUAUUUCAGUUUAUUGCAUACAUUAAACGGAGACAAAGAACAGUUACUGACAUUCUUGCUGCUGGAGGUAGAUAUGAUCAUAUGAUUUCACAAUUCAGAGGUCCAGAGGCAGUUGGUCUUGUUCCUUCAGCUGUUGGAGUCAGCAUAGCUGUGGACAGAAUAAGUUCCACAGUUUUGAAUAUGGAAGAGCCAUUUACAGUGAGCUCCUGUGAUUUGUUAGUUGUUAGUGUUGGCCAAAAAUCUAUGGAAAGAGCCAUAAACGUUGUUCAGAAGCUCUGGGCUGCAGGAAUUGCAGCUGAAAUUAUGUAUGACUGGUCUCAGUCCCAGGAAGAAUUACAGGAGUAUUGCAGAUGUUCUGGAAUCACCUAUGUGGCCCUCAUUUAUGAUAAAGAAGGAAAUCAUGUUAAGAUAAAAUCAUUUGAAAGGGAAAGGCAGACAGAAAAAAGAAUCUUGGAGUCUGAUGUAGUGGACCAUCUGGCUCAGAAACUGAGGACCAAAUUCUAUGAUGAAAGAAAUAGCAGAGAAAUUUGUGAUAAUGUCACAACACAAAAUCUGAAAGGAUCAUUUUCCAGUAAUUCAGGUUUGUCUGAACCACACGGAAUGGCAGUAAUACCAAAUGUAUACAUUUUUCCACCAGAAAAGUUGUCAGCAAGUGCCAGACGACGUUAUGAAGCUCAGGUACAAACCAAACUCCAAGCUUGCUUUACUAAUUUCCCGCUGAAACUGAGUGAAGUUGAAAUUUUAGCAGUUGAUCUUCCAAAGGAAACUAUAAUACCCUUCUUGUCAUUAGAGUUUGAUGACCAAGCUUUCUAUACAACUGUGAAACAAUUGAUGUCUCGACUGCCGAAGCAAAGAUAUAUUAAACAAGUUUGUGAUGAAAUUUAUACCAUCAAAAUAGAAAAAAAAGUGCCUAUCCUUGUUCUCUACAGUUACAAAGACGAUUACUUCAAAAUCCUGUUUUAGUUAUGUCAAGAUUAAAGUCAGGAUAAUGAAUGGGACAAAAUGUGUGCUUCCAAUUAUGUUAAUAUAAAGAAAACUUGCAUUAAUAUAAAGAAAACAUGCUGAUUCCCCAUUCCUUGGACAAUCGCUACCUUUCUAAGUAUUACGUUGAGCUCAUGUGCCAUAGUUGGCAUCUUUAAUGGUGUAAAUCUUUUCAAAAUAUGUUGUACAUAUAUUUUUCAAAAUAAAAUAAUCUUCUGGUA